AUGUCCCCUCCUUCUCUCAUCAUCUUGAUUUCUCUCUUUUCUCUUCUCUCCCUCUCUUUCUCCCAACCUCCCCCUCUUUCCCGUACUUUAAUUGAUUGCGGUGCUACCGUGCCGUCAACAAUCAACGAUCUUCAAUGGAUCCCAGACACCGGCUACAUCACCAGUGGGACCUCAAAGAAUGUAACAAUUCCAGUUCUCAAUCAAACUCUCUCCACCGUCCGAUCAUUUCCUCUACAAAACAAUCUCCACCGCAAAUUCUGCUACGUGGUCAAUGUUUUCCGCGGAGCGAAGUACAUGAUCAGGUCAACUUACUUCUACGGAGGAAUCAACGGCAAUGAUUCGCCUCCUGUGUUCGAUCAGAUUGUCGACGGAACUCUCUGGAGCGUGGUGAAUACCACAGAGGAUUAUAGAGACGGCAUGUCGUCUUACUACGAAGGUGUUUUCUUGGCUCGAGGGAAGACUAUGAGUUUCUGUAUUGCUGCAAAUUCGUACACGGAAUCUGACCCGUUUAUCUCGGCCUUGGAGUUCGUGCUUUUGGGAAAUUCCUUGUAUAAUUCGACAGAUUUUAAACAGGUUGGACUCAGCUUGGUUGCCAGGCACAGUUUCGGCCACAAUGAACUUAUUCGAUAUCCUGAUGAUCAAUUCGACCGGGUUUGGGAGCCAUUUGUGGCGAAUAAUCUAACAAAUUCUACUGGUAAAAAUGUGUCUGUUUCUGGUAUCUGGAAUCUUCCUCCGUCGAAGAUAUUCGAAACAGAAUUUACAACCGGCCGGUCAGGUCCUGGGGAACUGAUGUGGCCUCCUGUGCCACUUCGUAAUUCAAUGUACUAUAUUGCUUUAUACUUUGCACAAGAUCAUAAUUCCUCGCCAGGGGGAUCGAGGAUGAUUGAUGUAAGUAUUAAUGGUGUGCUGUAUUAUAAGAAUUUGAGUUUGACGCCAGCCGGUUCUGUUGUCUUCGCAACUAAGUGGCCUCUUAGUGGUCUUACGACGGUUACUUUGAGUCCGGCUAGUGGUUCGAGUGUUGAUCCGUUGAUUAAUGGUGGAGAGGUGUUUGAUGUGAUUGCACUUGGAGGAAGAACACAUACAAGAGAUGUAAUAGCUAUGGAAGCACUGAAAAGCAGUCUCCAGAAUGCUCCAUUUGAUUGGAAUGGCGAUCCCUGUAUGCCGCGUCAGUAUUCAUGGACUGGAAUUACAUGUGCUGAAGGCCCUCGGAUUCGCGUAGCUACUUUGAAUCUGACAAGCAUGGGUCUUUCAGGGUCACUCCCACCUAGUAUUGCCAGAUUGACUGCAUUGACUGACAUCUGGCUUGGGAACAACACUUUAUCAGGACCAAUACCUGAUUUCAGUUCAUUAAAGAUGCUGGAGACACUGCAUUUGGAAGACAAUCGAUUCACUGGUGCGAUCCCCCUGUCACUUGGAAACAUCAAGGGUCUGCGAGAACUAUUCUUACAGAACAAUAAUCUGACUGGUCAAAUUCCAAAUAAUCUUAUUGGGAAACCUGGGCUGAAUCUAAGGACUUCUGGAAAUCAGUUCUUGGCUCCACCACCCUCUUGA